CAGGCAGCUGUUUUCCCUGAAGCCGGGUUUGCCAUGAGUUCUAUGUCCCGUUCCUGGAACACUGGUGCGUCUGUGAAAGACACUGGGGCUGGCUCCGCAGCGGCUGUGCCCUGAAGGAGGCGUGUUCCGGGGCUGAGGGGGCAAGGACACGUAAUGGCGGGGGCGGGGAGUGGGGAGCCACUGGCGGGAAGACAGGGAGGGAGAGCGCGUCUGGGGCGUGUGCGCCCAAGGCCAGAGGCACCCGAGGUGGGCUGGCCCGGGGUGGAAAGCUGGGCCGAGCCCCUGAAGCGGGCGGAACGGCGAGCCAGAUUCAGGAAGUUGUGCCUGUGACAUCAGGGGCAGGACAGAGUUGGAGUGAAACCUCAACUAUGCAAGGCGUCGGCCCGCAGGAGGGCAGGGAACACAGAGGGCGCUGUCCUCGGCGGCAGCGGCAGGUACGCGCGGGGGCGGGGCGGGGCGGGCUGCUCCCACGACCUCGGCUGACGCCGGGGCCCUACACGCCAGACCUGGCUAGGAGUGGGAGUGCAGAGGCAACCAAAAAGGAACUCACAGCUCGCUCCAGGGCCCGGGGCGCUGUCAGACAGGGCAGCACCCAGGAGAUUCCCUGGGCCACCACGCCUGCAGGAAGCCCUUCCGCGGACCGCAAGAUUUUUCCCCAUUUUGGAGAUGAAGAAACUGAGACUCAAAGCAGCUGAGUGACCUUCCCAAGGACACACACUGAACUGGGCAGUGAUCAGGAUCUGAAUGCACAGGGCUGGUGUUCAGCGAUUGUUUACUACGUUGAACGUGACCUCUAGAAAAGCAGUUCUGGCUGAGAUCCCCUGACCACACAGAAGAAGAAGUAACGUGGAAGGAGGCUCCCCAAGCUGGCCAUUGUGCUGCUGUGUGUGGAGGUGCUGUCAGUGGCAUGCCCAAACCCAAAGCUGGAAGAGGAAUAAAUUACAAGUGGUCAAGGUUGCAUCCUUUUGAGCCCAGGACCUGCUAGUAAGCCGAGAGGGUUCUCUGGCCCUAAUCUAGCCAAGCACCAUGGAGAGAAUCAGCGCCUUCUUCAGCUCUAUCUGGGACACCAUCUUGACCAAACACCAAGAAGGCAUCUACAACACCAUCUGCCUGGGAGUCCUCCUGGGCCUGCCACUCUUGGUGAUCAUCACACUCCUCUUCAUGUGUUGCCAUUGCUGCUGGAGCCCACCAGGCAAGAGGAGCCAGCAGCCAGAGAAGAACAAGAAGAAAAAGAAGAAGAAGAAGGAUGAAGAAGACCUCUGGAUCUCUGCUCAACCCAAACUUCUCCAGAUGGAGAAGAGACCAUCACUGCCUGUUUAGUUAGGCAGGAAGCAGAGGUGUUUCCUUUCUGGGGCUAAGUCUCCUUCUGACCACACACAGACAUUUCAGGAACCCCUGAAAUGAUGCACUUUGUCCACAGAGUAACUACUCAACCAAGGAACAAACCUCAGACUAAGUGUCCCGGUGGAGGGCAGUCCCAGGGACCACGUGGACAAUUCUUGGAUACUGUCUUGGCAGCUAUGUGUCCAAUAGCAAUGCUCCUUACUGCAGACCCAGGCAUGCCUCCCACCUGUCUCUGGCAUACCCCAUAUGCAAAAGCACAAAGAACAUUUAUCCAUACAUCUUGAUAUGGUUUCCAAGUGUGUGCACAUGCACAUAACACACACACACACAAAUUCAGGCAACAGGUACAUGGGCAAGUAUAUUCUGCUCAUCAAAUGGUCAUUGGCUAUGUACUUUGUUCAGGGAAGUACAUUAUCUAUAAUCACAAAAAUGUCUCACGGGAAAGCCUUGCCAGAUUCAGACACAUAUAUACAAAUUCAUAACCAGCAAGGCCCCCAUACACCAUCUAUUCCAUAAGCCACUCAGGUUAGAUAUGCAUGCUUUCCUAUUUCUAUCUCUACACAUAAAUUUUACUGGAAGUACUCAUAAUUGGACAUUCCAGCAACCUGCUACAGUCCCCACCCCUGUAUGUCUUGAUACAGACACACCAAGUUUAUGUGCCUCUGACGCCUCACCUGUGCCAAGAUAUUUAAAGUGUCAUGGUUCAAAAUUCAUUGAAAGCUCUUUUCUUGUAACUCAUGACAAGGUCCGUCCUCAUUGCCACUGAGAGGUGUUUAAUGUGGUCCAAGACCUCUCUUUGAAACAUGACCCCCCGAAACCACUCAGCAAAGUGCCUUUCUCCACAAACAGCUCUUGGUAGUAACUGCUAGAAAGCUGUGGAAGCCCACUCAUUUAUGUCAGUGGACUGCAAUUGGGUACCUGUGCAAUGUAUGUUUUACAGAUGGAAAGGGUAAGGAGAUGCUACACCUGAGCUAGGUAUCUCCUAUAUAACCAAAGUUUCCAGCAGGGAAGGAACUAGACAAUCAUCAGGACAGUCUCACAGAAGGCAACACUGGAAGUGAUGUCAUAAGGUUGUAAUGCGUGCAUGGUAUGGCACAGGCGGGAUGCAGAGGUAAUGGAGUUUAAAUGAAAGUAGGAUGAAGCUAUAAAGAGCUUUACUUAUGUUUAUCUUGAAGCUCAGGCAAGUGCCUUGCACACAGUAAGUACUUAUAACUGUCUGUGGUUACUGUUGGAUAUAUGAUGUUGUUAAGGGUAAGCUUGUAAUACCUCACCAAUUCUCCCCAAGUGAUCUUCUCUUCUAAGUGAGCCCACUAAUUGCUGCAAUGGAUGAAAUUGGGUGUUUAAUGCUGCAGGUGGGUACAUGUAGGUGACAUGUGUGCCCUGAGGUAUGUGAGGACAUGUAUAUUAGAUCCACAGUGAGCUGAGGAGGGCUUUCCCCACCAGAGAGAGGUUGGGAAGCAGAGUUAAUCCACUUAUAGGAUGAACUGGUUGGUAUUUUGAUUGUAUUGUGACUGUAUUGCAAAGAUGGACAAUUCACUCCUUGGGAGCAAGUUGUGCUCUAGAAGUUUAUUUGCAAAUAUGCUGGGAAGCUCUCUUGAAGUAUUUUCCCAAGGAAGCUAUUCUACACAGUGGCAAAAUUGCUAUCUAAUUAAUAACGUAGCUAAACUAUGAUAUUUAUAGUAGCAAAAAACUAAAUUCUAUAAGAUUGCAUUAAAGGAAAGAUAUAUUCUAUUUGCUUAUUUGGGCUGCCUGGUACUCACCUGCCCUCCAGGUGUACUUUAGGCCCGUGGAGGGUGGGCAUUUAGUGGUGACCCUUGCACCAGGGUUUUCUAACAGAUGACCCCUGUGAAUCAUCAUUCAAACCUGCAUAUAUUUUAUAGCCAGUCGCAUUUGCCCUCUCACCGUAUAUGGCCGUAAACUGCCUGAGCGCUCAGGCCUCCCACUCAUCAACCCCUUUGACCAGAGAAAGCAGCACUCUGGUUCUCUAUCCCCUUGUCAUAUAGAGAGUUUUUCAUGGAGCCUCUGGCUGUGCCCUUCACAUAACAGAAUGACUUGCCAUCUGCCUGCACCAAACCCAGGGAUGUGGGAGAUGUCUCCCCACAUCUCCCACUGCUCACCAGGACAAGCUGCCCUUCCUGUCUCCACCUCUCAGUCCCCCUAAAAUGGAUGGCUGGGGAGACGUGGAGGCUGACAGCUGAGACGUGGUGUCAGAUAUGAUCUAGGAGGGCGGAUCACCAGGAUCCGGGACCAUACAAGUAACAUGGUUUCCAUGGCAACUGCUUGCUCCUUUGAAUUAAGACAGCAGUCAGUUGUCAUUGCCAUGACAAGGCCUCUAUCUCCAGGCACAGUGUCCCUGCUGUCUUCUAAUCCAAUGGACUUGCUGUCACGCCAGGCAUGAAACACCCAGGACCUCACUUCUCAGUCACUUCCACAGCCUAUGACUCAGAAGAGCCAAACCCAGAAUGGGGCCUCUCUUUUCCUCACCACAGCCUCCCCUGACAACAUUUCGUGGUGUAGCUAGAGGAGUCCCAGCGCAGGAUUGGCCUUUUGUUAAAUAAACAGGUGCAUGAAAGGAGCCUAAGGCCUUUCGUUGGUGUCCGCUCUCUUCUUUCCACUUCCUUCUCAUCUUUUUCUCCGUGUUUUAUGCUUCUCUGAUUCCCUCUUCUGCCUGCACCAGGCCAGCCCCAGCCCUUUAUUCCUCUCCAUUUUCACUCUUUCCAGCCUCUGUCCCUGAACUGCCACUGGACCUCAGAACCAGAGACUGCUUGACUCAUCUGGGGAGGUUAAGUUCACGGGGGACAAAAAAAGGAUUCCUAAAGAAGAGGCUUCCUAGACCAGCACAGGCUCGAGAAAGAGAUCCCCUAGGCCUGGACUUCUCCGGCCGGCAGCCAGAGGCGGCCUUUCCCCAUUGCUCGAUGGAUUCCAUGUUUUUAUUUCUUGGGGGGGAGCAGGGAGGGAGAAAGGUAGAAAAAUGGCAGUCACCUUUCCAAGAAAAAUACAAAUGGUCCAAGCUGUAUAGUAUUUGUCAGUAUUUUUUUUUUCUGUAAAAUUCAAACACACACAAAAGAAAAAUUUAUUUAAAUAAAAUACUUUGAAAAUGAAAA